UCCCCCGUCCCUGGGAUUUUCCAGGCAAGAGUACUGGAGUGGGGUGCCACUGCCUUCUCCGGGGAGAGGAAGUGGAGCGUGGAGGAAAUCAGAAUCUGAAAGCACCCUGGGUGAGAAUGUCCUAAAGCCGCUGGGAGACCAGCGCACAGAUGAAGCGCCCGGAGAAGUCUCUGCCAGAACAGAUACAAACAAGUCCACGCCUCUACACAUCGAGUAAACCUGUAGUAAAUAAAAGGUGUAAACACAGACACACACACUCUGGUGAUGUCCAGAGCCCCUGAUGAGGAGCAGCAGCUCCACCGUGGCUGGCGGCACAGAAACUGCAGAAGCAGAAGCUAACGGCCUGUGUGUUCAGCUCAGACCUGAAAUUCUUUACUAUGUGAAAGUACUUUUCAAGAAUGAGCCAAUGGCCAUCAAGCAUGAAGAAAGUUGCCAGCCUUCUCUGGUGGGUGGAUUGCAGAAGUGGUGCCAAGUCUCCAGCCCAGCCCAGCCCCCCAACAAGGAUCCUGGAUGAGGAGCCACUUUGGCCACUUUUCCACACCUCUUGCUACACAUGUCUGUCUAUGGAGGGAGUGACAUGGCCAGUCCCCAGACCACACUGCAGAGCCCCUCACACAUCUCUCUCUGAGCCCUAAGAACAAGCCCUACCUGACAUGCUGGAGGAUGACCGUGCCCAUAGAAGGGCUGACAUUGUCCCCUCAACACACAGCUGGCAGCAGAUGAUGACGGGCUCUGCCAAGGCCAACCAAGGCUGGUCCAGGUCUUGGGCAAAAGCAAACACUUAUUGGUAUAUACCUUUGGAGAAGGAAAUGGCAACCCACUCCAGUGUUCUUGCCUGGAGAGUCCCAGGGACGGGGGAGCCUGGUGGGCUGCCGUCUCUGGGGUCGCACAGAGUCGGACACGACUGAAGUGACUUAGCAGUAGCAUUGGUAUAUACCACUGAGGUUUUGUGGCUGCUCAUUAUGCAACUUCAUUGUGGGAAUAGAUAAUUGAAACCAGAAAGAGACAGCGUUACACAACUCCCAGAGCAGCUACCCUUGGUGUCAGGCGGACUCUCAACAGAAGCGUCGUCCCUUGCCGCCACCAAUGGCAAGUGGCUCUGCCCUUGGACAGACAAGCUGUGGAAUGGUCACGCCGAGGACACGACACCGGCCAAGAUAAAUGACCGCAGCUACAGCCAAGGCAAGGCUCAGAGCGUGAUGCUGAGAAGGACGAAAGACGCUAGAGAGGACAGCACCCUUUCACUUUUUUUGCUGUUUUGCUGUUUCUAGUCGCUAAGUCGUGUCUGACUCUGGUGAAUCCUGGAAUGGUAAGCUUCCAGGCUCCUCUGACCCAUGAAUUCAAAAUAGGCAAAUUCGUGUUCAGGUUCAACCUGCGGUGAAUUAGGCUCCUUUUAACCUCCACUUAGGGGUUAAACGUUGCAUCGAGGGCAAGCAUGUGCACAGCAUAAAGGCCCACAGAGUUGCAAGCUCUGCAGGGCUGGCACGGGACCCUCAUGGGGCGGUGGCAGCAGGCGACCUGUGAAUCGGUAGUUUCGCAGGCGUUUGCAUUUUAGCCAUUUGCGAGGCAGAACUUUCAUGUUUCUCACAUUUUGGUGUAUUUGUGAAAUUCCACAGCAAGGAAAGGUUAAAAGUAUAUGCACCUAACAACACAGAUAGCAGACAAGGCCCCAGCAAACGGAAACGCUGGGAGCGGUGGAUUUGUUAGCAGCUGUUUUCCUAAGGUCAUCAAAAUUCUACCAGCAGAAUGCCUGGGAAAACAUGAAGGCAAGGCCAGUGUCUCCGGUGGGCAGGAGAUGAGCUGGGGCCCCAGCUGACCGCUAGGAAGGGUGCACUGCUCAGGACAUGUGGGUUAGGCUAUGGCACGGACAGCCCCAAGUCCCUGUGUCCUGAUCUGACUGCAUCCCAGGAAGGGGCCCGGGUUUUGCCUCCCUCAGUCAGGCAGGGACCAGGGAAGGGGCCUGCAGGCUGGAGGCAGAGGAAGGGCACUGGGGACUCAGCCUGGCUGCACUGGGACUGGGCAGAAUGGAGCCCCACCUUCACACCUGGCCAAGAAGACCUUGGGGUGCUCCUUCCUGUGUCCCCUGGGGGACUAUCUCGAAGCCUCCUCCAGCCCCAUGAAGACUGAAAGUGAGGCAAAGGAGGCCUCGAGAGGCCUUGCGUCAAGCGGGCGGACUCUGGGCUAAAACAAGGGAUCCCUGAGGCCCACAGUAGCAGCACAGACUCGGGAGCAGAGGCGGGCAUGGUCCUGCAGGCCCCGGCAGCUGUGCCGAGGAGCCCGCCUGGGCGCACGCAUUCCUCGGCAAGCCUGGAGGGCACGGCCCACUUGCUGCUCUCACGGCCCUCGGAGACCCCAAGGCUCUCCCAGCCCCUUCUCCCCACAGAGAGCCGGGGCCCCAGGGUUAUUGUAGGUCUUGAGCCGGCACGGAGUUUUUGGCUCCAGGCGGAUGCUUUUAGGGGACAGGAGAAUGCUUUCAUAUACGCGUCAGCUCCUAAAACUUCAAGUUCACUCAGGUUCAGUGCCAGUCACACCUGGAGCUCCUCUCCCCACAGUGCUCGUUUCUGCUCUUCUUCACUUUUUCAGCCUCUGCUCUUCACGCCCACUGCCCCCACUGCCCCACAAUGCAGGUAUCUGACGUGCCAGGCUGAGGUGGGCAAAUGGCCCCAGCUGGAGGACACCUGGAGAGCCUGCCACGCCACGUUUUACUGCUGGGUUGAGGCGCUAUUGCUCUUCCCACCCCAGCCUCCCUGGACUUGGUCUGUUUCUUUUCAUCUGAUCUCACCACCAGCCCUCUUCUCUGAACUCAGGGCCCAGAACAUGCAGAGCAGCAAACAGCUCGCGGUGGGUAUUUCUGACCAACCCCUGGUCCCAGGGAUACAAGGCUUCAGGUUUUGGGCCCACCUUCCUAACAUCGCAGGGAGCUGGGUGCCCCUCCAUCCCCUCAUCAGGCAGGGUUCUCCGGAUAAAAGUUCUGCUCUUGAGGGCUGGGGUCGGGGGGGUAGCCAGGCCCAGGCCCACAGAAGGCGGGUCUCUGCUGUACUUUCUACUAGGCCCUCUGUGGGGCUGCACAGGCCCCCUACGCUGGGGAGGGGUCUGCUUCACUCAGCCCACCUUUCAAAGCGAAGCUCAUCCAGAAACACUCCCAGACCCCCAGGAUAACCUCUGACGAAACCUCUGGGCGCUGCGCCUCGGUCAGGCUGACGCACAACUUUCAGAGCGCACGACUUCACUGGGUUGGUCUUUCCAGCCGCUGGGAACACGGUUUUGUUGCUCUCUCCUGGCCCGAGGCCACAGUUACAGGGCUUCCCCAUGCUGGUCAGUGUGAGCUGGACUGUGCCGAGGUGACAAGUGACCCUGAUCCCAGUGCCGGCCAAGCAAGCUCUGUUCCUGCUGCCACUAGACGUGGGCGGGCGGCUGUGGGCGGUAGGUCCCUCUCACCCAGGGGCCAGGAAGCCCUGGGCCGGGGUAAGGGCCCACCGUGGGCUUCCUGAAGGCCACAGGGAUGUGGGGAGUCCACGUGGUGCUCGCAAGUGACCCGCACCUACACCCGUGUCCCGGCUGCUGCGGGACUUGGAAGGGUGGGGGGCGGGGAGGGGGGUGGGCACGCGGGCAGCGGGCUCGCAGCGGAGAGAGGAGGCGCCUCCAGCAGCUCCGGGCCUGCGCACUGCCGCCAGCGUGGGAGGCAGGCAGAGCCUCCCCGAAACCGGAACGCGCUCCGGCGGCCCCGCCUCGGCAGUCCCCAGGCAGCUGGGCCGUGAGCCCUGGCUUCAGGGCCGCUCUGGCCGCGUGGCAACUGCGACGUGAAAAGGUACUUCUUGGGCACACCCCUGGUGGUCCAGUGGUUAAGAAAAUGCCUUCAUAUGCAGGAGAGGCAGGGUCAAUCCUCGCUCGGGGAGUUAGGACCCCACACGCCUCAGGGGCAGCUAGACCCACGCCAGGCGACUGCUGAGUGGGCCUGCCCCAAGUACGACCCCACGCAGGGAAAUGAAUAAGUAACUAUUAGAAAGAAAGAAAAGGUGCUUCCUGCCCUUAGCAGCCUGAGGGGCGGGACCUCACACCUUCAGGAGAGGGUAGUUCCUAAAGGACAGUGUGUCAGGCUGCUUGUGGCCAAGACUGAUGGUGCUUCUGCUUUCUCUGUGAGGCAAAGCUCUAUUUAUUGGCUACUCUGUUUUGGCCAGUAAGAGACCCUGUAGAGACUUGCUUUUCCUUAGAAUGCUAAUUCAUGAAAUUUCAGAGGCUGGGUUUCACAAGAGGAGGAACUAUCUUUAUACACCUUAGGCAUGUUCAGAAAUCUGUUUUAUACUGUGUUAACCUGAGAACCAGGAUGGUACGAUCACUCACCUAGAGCCAGACAUCCUGAAAUGUGAAGUCAAGUGGGCCUUAGAAAGCAUCACUACGAACAAAGCUAGUGGAGGUGAUGGAAUUCCAGUUGAGCUAUUU